AAUGCUCUCUCUGGUAGCGGGGGAGGAAAUCACACUGGCUUUUAAUAAAGAAAAUUUACAUUUUACAAACAAUUCAUCUCCCUUCCUGACAACACGGAAAUUGGGGAAGUGCUUUGUUUUUAGCUGCCUUCAAGAGAAUGUGGUGUCGGUAAAGACACAGACGAGCAGUGUAUGUCAGGCUCCUGCUAGAAGUGGUCGUGGGCUCUUGAAUGUACAAGGUUCAGCACAGUAACCUCAGGAAGCCCUGACAAACAUCAAGGCAGAUGUGUGAUGAAAGGGGAGUCAUCUACUAGCGUCUCACUUUCUGGAGGACCCAACAUCUUGCAUUAGAGAGUUUGUCCACGGAUUUAAACAGGACCCUUGUAAUACUUCAUUUCUGGUGGUGUUGUGCCGGAAUAGGACACUUGUCUCCAGGUCCUCCACAGGUGAUCACUGGGAUCGCAACUUCAAGAAAUUCUACAAUACUAUGUACUUGUCAACUCCUAGGGAAAGAGCACCCUGAAAAAGAUAUCAUGCGGCACCGGAUCUUGGUUUCCUUCUGCGUCCUUCUGUCUAUGGGCGUCAUUUUGCUCUUUGCAACAAUAAGUUUGACGCUUUCAGCCAAGAUGUCUGUGAUUCCCGCAAGCCUUCCCGAGCCUGAGAGAAAGUCAGUGACGCUGGAGGACGGGGUCUACACCUACCACCUGAACCUCUCACAAUUCCAGGAAGAGUUCCCUCAGCUUCAGAGUUACCACUGCUCCCUCCUCUACACCCCCCAGCCAGUGAAUGGGGGCACCUCACCACUACUGCUCCUGGCUAUCAAAUCUCACCCAGCAUCACUCAGCAGAAGAGCGGCCCUGAGAAGUACAUGGGCAAAAUCUGUGGACAUAAUGGGCUACAUGGUGAGGCCAGUCUUCCUGAUGGCACUAAGUGACAUGCAGAUGGAGAUAGUGAAGCUGGAGAAUGAUGAAUACAAGGACAUCUUACUGUGGGACUUCACUGAAGGACACCACAACUUGUCCCUCAAGGAACGAUGCUUCUUGGAGUGGCUGAACUACAAUUCCCCACAGGCAGCUUUUAUAUUCAAAGGUGAUGACGAUGUGUUUGUGAAUCCAGCCUCCUUGGUCCAGUACAUAAAGAUGCAAGCUACGUCUCCAUCCACACUACAUGGGGCACUGCAGAGACACUCGGUUGUUCUUCGUUACUCCAAAUACAAAAUCUCCGAGACCUUGUUCCCUUAUUCUAAAUAUCCAUACUUUCUGUCUGGUGGAGGCUUCCUCUUCCCUGGAGCCUCAGUCCAGCUCCUGUAUCAUGCCUCCCUGCAGCUGCCAGUUUUUCCACUAGAUGACGUAUAUUUUGGGUUCCUUUCUUUGGCCGCCAAUCUCAGUCUUCGCCAUGACAGUCGUUUUUAUGUUUUUGGACUGAAAUUUGACCCUUGUGACUACCAGCAAGCUUUUGUGGUGCACAGAAUAGAACCUGAUUACCUGCAAAAAAUCUGGAAACUAGUCCAAGAAGCCCAAUGUAACGGCACAGUGCCCACCAUUAAGUGAUCGCGAUCAGCUGGAACCAACAAUGUCCAAUGUGCGCCUCCCCCCAGGGCCCCUCUAUCGCGCCCCAGGUGUAGUAGGAAUGCCGAGUGGUGUAGUGCGGCCUAAAUGUCUCUUUAUGUC